AUCAAUGGAUCAACAGUGAGCUGGUGCAGCAAAAGACAGCCCUGUGUAACGAGAUAUCCUCUACAGAGGCUGAGUAUGUCGUGCUAAGUCAUGCAACACAAGAAAUCAUGUGGCUGAGAAGAUUACUUAACAAUAUUGGAGAAAAACAAGAUCAACCAUCCAUUAUGAACAAGAUAUAUCAGGGAGCCUCACUCUGAUAGAAUUAUCCAAGAAUCCACGAUUCCACAAUCGUACAAAACACAUAGACAUGGCAUAUAUCACUUAUCGUUCGCGAAAAAGUCAAUGAUAAAUCUAUCAGUGUAAAAUACUGCAGUACAGAUCAAUAUAGCUGAUGUUAUGAUGAAGAGUACCAGUUUACCAAGUAAUUAAGACAUACAAACUUUUCAGAAGUUUAGAGACAUGUUGAAUGUUAUAAAGAGAUCUUAGUUUAAAGAAAGACAAAGGACAGUUGUUCAUAUUUGAAGAAUUAUGAGAUUAAUUAUAACUAGUAUACAUUAAGUGGGAGUGUUGACAUUCAUGAAGUAUUACAUCAUUACUGUAUGUAAUGUUGAACUAUAAUUAGGAUUACAUGAAGUUCUCAGUUUUGUUCUCUGUUGCUUGGACAUUUUAUUUACUUCGAAAUGUGACUGUGAAUGUAUUCAUAUUGUACAACAGAAAUUAUGUAACUUUACUUAUUAUUUUUGAUCAAUAAAUACAAAUAUCAAAAUAAUCUAAUUAGCACCAACCAAUCAAAUGACAGAUUAAAAAAUCUUUUGUCUCAUAGACCAAUCAGAUUUACAACUGAAUUGAAUUUACGGUUGUAAGGCAUGGACUUUUGUUAAGGUUUGUAUCAGGCCUAUAGAUUUUAAAAUAUUUUGCAGGUGAGGUAAGUGUGUGCAGGUAAGGUAAUGGUUUUAGUGUGUGAAACAUUACCACUGGCCAAAUGAACCAAUCAAUUAAAUUAAUUCACAGACAAUUAUAGCCAAAGCUUGUUUGUUUUCUGGGACUGUAAAAAUUACAACUUUAUUGAAACCGUACCCAGAAAUAUUCAAAUUAAACAAUGGUGGAGUUCAAUGACUGUAUUAUGCACCUAUCAUUGUUUUCCCCCUGAGAGCAACCAACAGGGGACUUUGACCACACUAUGAAGCACCAGGGAGGGGAAUUUGACUUAUGCAUCAACUCCCAGAGUCGGGAAAUUUUGACAUCCGCCAUCUUGAAAGUUUGCACGGUUUUGACAUUAAAAUGUCUGGUAACAAAUAUGGCGGAGAAGCACGAUCAAGUUUCAUUGAAAAAGGUAUUUUAUACACAGUGUCUCAAUUUUUACCAAGUUUAAAAAUAUAGUUUAGGAAUAUAGUGGGGAAUUUUGACAGCCGUUCCUUGCCCAACAGUGGGGAUUUUGACGACAAAAUUUUAAAAAUGUCAAAAUUCCCCUGGGUUGCCCGCACUUUACUCAGAAACCAUUGAUAGGUGCAUUAAAGUGGUACUGAUACAAGGUGGUGGUCUGGUGGAGAAUUUCUGUAUGAUAGACAUGACUCUUUACCAACCUGGACUCGUCCACAAAUUGUUUUCCUAAUGCGUCAACAAAAUUUUCGCCCAUGGUACUGAUCUUUUGCAAAAAAAAUCGAUUUUUUUAUUUGAAAAUUAUUCAGUUUGUUACAAUUUUAUAUUUGGUUCACUCUUGUUUCUCUUGUGUGAUUUUGACGUAAAGCAGCUGACCAGCUGCUGGCUCAAAUUUUCGGAAAUUUCAACUUCCAAGGAAAAUUAGAACAAAAAUAAAGGAAAGGUAAAUGCAGUGAAAUUUGCAGUGAAAACCUUAAAGGAAACGAACGGAACUUCCAGGAAUACGUAGGAAAAUAAAAGGAAAAUUCGGAUUUUAAAAAUUCACAGUGAAAACUUACGUAAUGUUUACAAAACUUAUAUGAAAUCCAAUCAUAUUGAUUCGGAAUGGCUGCCAAAAUAGAAGAUUCAGUUGACGAAGCAUCGAAAAAGAAAAACCCUCGUCCGAUUUUAAAGAACAAAUUAGAGGGAUGUAGUGAUGUUGUGAAUCAAGCAAGAACCAUUCCUCACGAAGAUGCUGUUAUCACGGUCUCAGAUGAUAGGUAAAAUGCUACAUGUCGACAUAUAAAUAUUCCCGAAUAUUUAUAUAAAUUGAGUUCCUCUUUCGCGUAUUAAUGGAACAUUUUUGAAUUUCCCAGGAGUGUUCGUGUAUGGAUUAGACGGGAGAGUGGACAAUACUGGCCAAGUAUAUGUCACAUGAUGUCAGGUAUGAACUUGGAUACUAUAAAUAUUUUGAUAUGCUGUAUCGGGCACUGUAUUUAAGGUUUAUAUGUUAGAUUCUUAGAUAAUUUAUAAGAUUAGUACUUGUCUAUAUUUUCCCACACUUGACACCAUGUUGUGUUGUCAGUGCGUUCAAUGAUUCAAGAUUAACAUGGAUUACAGCUGACAUUUAAUUAACAACAGAAGUAAAAUACAAUCCUUCCUAUAAACUAUAUAUAACAAGAUUAUUAUAAUGCUUGUGAUGUUACUGAGUGUAUAUCCACACCGGGCAAGCUUGAAAAAUAUGCCUGACCACGGUGGGAAUCGAACCUACGACCUUUGGAAUACUAGCCCAAUGCUCUGCCAACUGAGCUACGCGGUCUGGUCGGUUCGAGUAUGUGAUAUUUCAGAACAGAAUCUAGUUCCUUUGAUAUCAAUGUUAUCUAAUAAUAAUCAUGAUUUUUCUGUGUUGGUGUAAUGUACUCAGGUGAAUAUGAUGCUUGUGAUGUUACUCUGAGUGUAUAUCCACACCGGGCAAGCUUGAAAAAUAUGCCUGACCACGGUGGGAAUCGAACCUACGACCUUUGGAAUACUAGCCCAAUGCUCUGCCAACUGAGCUACGCGGUCUGGUCGGUUCGAGUAUGUGAUAUUUCGGAACAGUAUUCCAUAUUUCGGAAUAUUCCAUAUUUCGGAACAGUAUUCCAUAUUUUGGAAUAGUAUUCCAUAUUUUGGAAUAGUAUUCCAAAGGUCGUAGGUUUGAUUCCCCCAGCAUGCUUAAGCCUGCCGCACACGAGAGAAACUUGCUGAGCUAACCACCUUGUGCGGUAGCUAGCUCAGCAUGUUUCUCACAUGUGUGGAUGGUUUUCAUAAGGAUUUAACCUCUCGAGGCCUUGGGGAAAAUUAUAUCUAUCGUGUUAGAUAUUUUUCGCCUUGUGAUGAAAAGUUUCAACAUCUGCAGAUGUUGCGAACUUAGUUCUGAGCUGCUUGAAUUAACUUAAGCCACUAGCCAGUGAGAACCCAUUAUAGUUUAUUCAUGUGAUUUUGGUGAAAAUGGCGACAAUGGAGGGAAAUGCAAAUAAUCUUAUCAUUUAUCAACAAUGUUGUUGUUGAGUAGUUUUCUCGUUGGUGUGUGGUGAAAACGCAUAGCUGAGCUAGCAGCAAGGCAGUUAACUCAGCAAGUUUCUCUUGUCGUCGUGUGCGGCAGGCUUUAUCGGGAUGAAGUGAAGAUGGGAAUUUGACAAUUAUUUUUUACUUAUUCAUGUAUGUUUUCCCUUGCUACUCUGUUUUUUAAGUAAAUUAAUAAUUACAGUGCCCAGUUGAAUUGUGUUCAUGAUGCAAGUUUUUGACACUCCAGUCUAGUGCCUUCCUAAGAGGUGAUUUGAAUUUGCAACACAUGUGGCAUAAUUUGAGGGCUGAUAUCAUCUGCCAACAAGGUGGAUAAUUCUUGUUGUAAAUAUUAGGGGGAAAAAAAAAACCCUGUGGUUCCGGUUUCAUGUCGCGAAAAAAUUAGGGUCGGUAGGUCGGAAAUUUUUUUUUUAAUAUUUUUUUCAUGGUUUUUUCAAUAAUUAGUGUGACAACAGACGCCAUUUUGGCAGCAGCCCGCAACCACCCGGAGAAAUUAUGGUCGCACUGUUAAUCGCGUUGAAAAAAUAAUAGGGUCGGCAGAAAAAAGUAGGGUCGGUCCGGGACCGGAACCACAGAUAUAUUUUUUUACGCCUAACUAGAAUCAUAUCUGAUAUGAGCAUGAUGAUUCAUCAUCAUAAUUGUCACGUUUCUAGGCAACGUCUUUGACCAUAACGAUGAACUUGAACCAUUAUGGCAUGUAUAAAUAUGUUGCCUAGUCCUAGAAGCAUGUCAUAUAAACAUGGAUCAUCAUACUCUGAAUAGAGAUUCCCAGGCUUUUAGCCAGGAUCUUGAAAGAUGGCAUCCAAUUUUGGUAUUAUAUGACACAUCUGGAAAACCUGAAGUUUGGGUCUGAGUCUCUUAAAUAGUAUUAUUAGUAUUAGUAGCCAUAAAAAUGCUGAUUACGAAAAAAUACGUUUCGUAGGCGUUUGAUUAAAACUUUUCUUGUUUCACCUGACCCAAAAGUACGCGGGAUUUCCCGCGAGAUUGACGCACAAAAUCUUGGGUUUAAACCGAUUUGACCAUAGAUUUGACACAACGUUGGUUGCGUUACAACAUAUUCCAUGUUAGUUGGUAGCGGCACUUUUUUGAUUUUUUGAUAUUCAUUGUUCUCUUAAAGGAAGUGGUUAUUUCAAAAAUUUGUCCGGCCAUGAAAACCAACGAGCUUUGGCUAUUUGUCUGUGAAUUAAUUCGAUUGGUUCUUUUCUUCGUUCUGUCAGCUUGCUAGAGUGAUAUCAAAUAAAUUUCAUUGAUUUUUUCAAGCAAAUCGACCUGCGAACAGGUGGCCGGAUCAGUUUGGGAGGGGUUAGGUGCGGGUAAGCCAGUUUUAUUGUGUGAAACAACCGCUGACCAUUUAAAUGAACCACUCAAAUUAAUUCACGGACUAAUUCUGGCUAACUAGCCCGAGCGUUUGGUUUCCGUGACGCGACAAAUAACAACUUUCUUUAUUAAAUAGUGAUUUUAAUUGGAAUAUUCAUCAUGAUUGUAGUCUACACAGACACAGGCACAGUCGUAUAAAAACAACACGACAUAUGAAAAGAACCAAUAAAAAAGAGAGAGCGACCGCACACGUUUUUGUUACUUUACUUUACUUAUGAAGAUUUUAAUUGCGAUAUCCAAAAACGUUUUAGGGAAAAGUGUACACUUAUUUUUUUUGUUUUUGUGGAAUACCCGACCUACCCGUAUUUCUCUUUAGUCGGGCUGAUCAAGAAACGUUUUAGGUAAACGCCCACCAAACAUUUUUUCUUAAUCAGCAUUUUCUGGCUUUCUUCACUGAAAAUUUGAUAAAACUACAUCAUUCUAAGAUUCGUUGUGCGAUGUUCAAUCUUACUACCAGAAUGCACGUUUUUGGGUUUUUUUUGUUGGGGUUUUUUUGUUGUUGGUUUUUGGGAGGUUUUUAUUUAGCUUUGCCAACUAGGGCAGGGUCACCACAACAGCAUAUGCCAAUUACUGUGAGCCCUUUUACCUAAUCCACCCUGUCAACUUUCCCUGUGGGAGGAAACACGGAGUACCCGGAGAAAACCCACGACUUUCGGCAGGGCGUUGACUUUUUACUCUUUUCACAUGAGGACUGGGUUCGAGUCGCAUUGAGAAAGUUCUCGCUGAGGCUUGAACCUGCUGUCUCAGAGGUGAAAGGCAAGUGCGCUAACUACUUAGCCACCGAAGCCCUGUGGUUACAUUACGUCUAUCAUGUGAUGUAACCUAUAUCAAUGGACUGAUAUUAAACCUGGAUGCCAUGAAUUCACAAACUUUACAUUUACUUGAUGGCAUUUCCUAAAAUCCUAACCAUGCACAGCAACUGUUUCCAGCCAUGACCGCUGUCGGAAACCAAAUCGUCUGCUAUUUUAUACUAUAGGCUGUUGUGCUGUGUUUAAUUUUUAUAAUACACGCUACGACUCGAUAGAGCACAUUUUCAAGAUAUCUAUGACUUUUUGAAGUAUUAAGUUUUAUAUUUAAAUUCACGCUUCGUUUUAACUCAGAUAAUGCAUUCGAUAAUUCGGUCCAUAUCCAAACAGCUCAAUUUUUCCUGAAUGAAUGCAACAAUUUGCCGGCUCGUUCAUGGGGGGUCACACUCACACACAUAUACAGUACACACCACCCCUCUAGCAAUUCAAAUAACUAUUGUUUGACCUGAAAAGAAGGCCCAUGUCCAUGAGAAGCUUAUGUAAAGAAAAUAAGUGAUAUGCUGCUCUAGUGUUGUAGUAGAAUUUUAUUGAUAUAUUAAUUGGCAUCAUUGUAAUGAUCAAGCAAACCGGAUAUUUAGACCAUAAGGUUUCAAAUUAGGGAUGCAAUACUACCUGAAAAAUACAAGGGGAAAUCCAACGUUUCGAGCGAAGGCCCUUCGUCGGGAAAUUAGUGGGUCUUCGCUCGAAACGUCGAAGUUCUCCUGGCUUGUAUUUUCAGGUAGUUGCAUCCCUAUCAACCGACGUUCUGUUGGCACUACUUACACUGGCAUAGACCGUUCAAGUUUCAAAUUACUCAAAUGGUUAAAAUUAUAAAACAUUACAGAACCUUGCAGCUCUUUGGAUUACCAUGGUGAGACAAGAAGGAUGUUUGUUGGUCUUGAUAAUGGAACAAUCACUGUAAGUAAUAAUUUACAUGCAAUGCCCAUUAUAACGUCCUUUAUAGUCUACACUGGAUCUAGAGGCCAAAUUUGUUCGGGGGUUCAUGAGCGUGUGUCAGGUCGCUGCAAUUGCGACAAAAGUUUUCAUCUGGCAACCAGAUAUUUGGCAAAUGCAGAUCACCAGACAAAAUAAUGAGAUAUAUAUUAUAUACUGUAGGUCACCAGACAAAAUAAUGAGACAGCAGCGCACUUUUUAAAAAAAUUGGCGUUGUUAAUACAGUAUGACGUCUGCAAUUGACAUGCAAAGUGUUAUUAAUAAAACACGUACAAUGGCGCUAUUUACCAUGUCAGGUCAUAUAUGUCAUAUCCUUAAGUCAAUACUCCCGGUCCCCGGAGACACGGAUGAUAUUGUGGGUUUGUUCAUAACGGAAUUGUGUGUGGUUUAAUAUAUCGGGCCACCUUAAAGAGAUUAUGAAAACCCUGCCCCCCCCCCCCUGCGUUAAGAUUUCUUGUUUUUUAAUGGCUUUGAAAACAUUGCGUGGGCUUAAAGGCUGGUCUCCACACAUCGCAGAAACAACUACUUACAUCUCAUUAAAAUGAACUGUUAAGCGUUGUGCAUGAUUGGGUCAAGGCACUCUUGCGAUGAAUGAAAAACAGGUUUAAGGCGUUGCAGAUGCACAGUAUAUUCAGAUUUGCCAUAGUUCAAAAUUGUUAGCGAAGAACAGCCCAACCACUCUAUCUCCCUCUGCCGCGCUUCAAUACACCAAAACCUUUCAUAGCACGAGUUUAUAAGCUUUUUAAACUUUCUCUAUUAUACGGUACAUAUACUGUAUCAAACAAACAGAUAUUAUUAACAUGCUGUGCCGCUAAAUAAUAUUUAUUUAAAAUUAUUUUGGUAAAUAGAUGGUAUGCUGAAAUUUUUGUUUAUUUAACAUACUUUUAUUCCAAUAGGAAUUUACACUGUCAAAAGAUAUGAACAGAUUAAAUCAUUCUCGGAAUUAUUUAGGUAACAUUUAUACAUUUUACUAUGCGAUGUGUCCAAUGAACAAUUACGUAAGAGAAAUAUAUAUAUGUGUGCAUGGAGAGAGAGAUGCAGUCAACUACCUGGAAAAUAUAAGCAAAACUUGAAGUGCAGUAGCGAGAUACAGGAUUGGAUACGGGUCCUCAUAAACCACGAAUUUCAAGGCCCUUAAUACUGUAUGGUCGCUCACAUUCUCCUUUCAAGACCCCCCGUGGGUGAAGGACAUAAAGAGGCAUGCAUGCAAAUCGUGCGGUGGUUCACGCAUUUUCAUUUUUUUAUUUGUGUCAGUUUUGGAUGAAUUACCUGGUUUAAAAUUACAUACUUACACCAUGUCCUUACAAUUCCCUUAAAAUUUAAUAUGUUCAAAUUAGAGGAAGAAGCCCGGAGAUAAAAAAAUUAACAUGAUGAGCAUCAUCAACUUUGGAAUAUGGCCAAUUAUAUUUUCACGUUUGCAUGCGAAUACUGAAUGUCAAAAAGAUGCAACAGUGUAAAUAUAGAGAGAGUUCACAGUAUUGUACAAGUGUGUGUAGAUGGAAGUGUGUUUUGCCGACAUAUUAAGUCAAGGCACAAAAAUUUCAGAACAACAAAAAUCUCGCACGUAAUAAUUUUUAUUGUGCAUUUACUCGUAUUUUUAGCGCACAUGGGAAGAGUGACAGGAAUUUGCUUCAGUUUGGAAGAUGAAUGGGUGCUAAGUGUUGGUCGAGAUAAAUAUUUCCAGUGGCAUGAGACAAAGAAGGGAAAGAGAAUGGGAGGUUAUCAAACGCAGGCUUGGUGUACUUCCAUACAGUAUCCUUUUAAUCAUUACAUUCAGUACUGUGAGUAUAUAUAGGUAUCAAACACGGAUCGUAAUCAACGUUGUCUUGAAGAGUUUUCGUUGAGAACGCCAACGUAAGGAUGGCAGCUACCUGUAUCAACACAAAAAAUUGCGGAUAAUAUCCUGUAUACUAUGAGAUUUUUAGAUGUUGCAAGCUGGAUCAUUGGGUCCUUGUAGCAAUUUGUAGGAUCCUGCAUGCAUGCGUGGCAACAUUCUAUAGGAUCCUAUUUUGGAUCUAGUAGGAUUCUUCAGGCUUUCUUGCCAUCCUACAAUACUUUUCCUACUUUUUCCUACUUUUCUUCAACUUUCCUACUUUUCCUAUUUUUUAUUAAAAAUUGCUUGAUUUUCCUACUUUUCCUACUUUUUCUCAUAAAAUCCUACUUUUUUAAGACAGCUUGGGGAAUCAGUAUGUUAUAGCUCUCGUGAUUAGAUCUAUAGGACUCAUAAUUUUUCCCUAUUUGUGUCCCAGAUGAUAAGAUCUCAGGAAGAGAAGAAGUACAUUUUCCGAGUAUAAAAUUCCAUAUCAUUUCUAGAAUCAUAAUCAAUAAAUUAAUGAAGACUCUGAAAAUGCUAUUUCCGACGACCUGGAGAUUCCAAAUAUUCAACUCCCUCCCCAAGUUAAUCAAGCAUCAUAGGCUCCUGCCGCACCGUGUGAAUUAAGGUGUAUGGCGCAGCCAAAUACAUGCACUCGCACGCAAUUUGAAUUGUGUUGCUGCAGAGCAGAUGCCUUAGCUUUUAUACCGAUGCAACAUUCAUUGUCUAUAUUAAUAUCUAAUUUUAAAAGUUUUGAGAAAAAAAUCCUGCAUAGAUGAAUGAGUACAAAAAAAUAUUGAGCACGAAAAAUUCACACAACUUCCCCAUCAGAUAACUAAUGGUCCAACCCUUACCACAUAUCCUAGGGGGCCAAUUUUGUAUAUUUUUGUGUUAUUUGCAUCUCCAAAAAUUCCUACUUUUGUCCUACUUUUCUACACAUUUUCCUACUUUAUUCCUACUUUUCCUAAAAUUCUAGUCCUAUUAACUUUUAUCCUACUUUUCUACACAAGGAUGCCAGAAAGCCUGAUCCUUGUAUAAUCCAACAGAAUCCUGGUGCAGGAUCCUGGUAAAGUCUAGUUGUAGAUUCCUGGCAGGACCCUGUUUAAGAUUUCCACCAGGGUUUAUGCAUUUUAUAAGCUGUGACAAAUCAUCAGAAUAUUUCUUAAUAGGAAACCCUUUCUUCAACUACUGAAGUUAUUAAAAAAGUCAGUAUAGUUAGUGGAAGAAAUUUCUUCAAUCCAUACAAUACAAAUAAUUUUCACGAGUUUGUUUGACCGUUGUUUUUGCAUGCGUUACCAUUCUCUCUGGUAAAAUUCGUAUUAGCGAGUUGAGCGAUUGAAAUAAUUUGACUAAAUAUUCUGUGAUAUGAUACUGUAAUGACGUAUAAAUAGGGAGAUGAUGUUGUGCAUUAUUAUAUUAAAUAUCCUUAACACUUACCCAAAGGUUCGACCCUCAAACGAAACACAUUUUCGUCGGUGAUUAUAGUGGCUUGAUCAGUGUCCUGAGGUUAGAAAAUAAUCUGGUUGCACUUAAAACUACGUUGAAAGGUCAUUCAGGUAAGUGUGUGGUACUGCAAGUACCUCAAGCUGUUCCAUGUUUCGUAAAUUUAAAAUAUCGUGAGCAUCGUAAACAAUUGUGAGCUAGAUCAUUUAUCGUAUGUUUUUUUCACACUGGAUUGUUGUGCAUGCAUCUGGGCUCUAUAAUAGCGUACUAAGAGUACAGGAUAUUUUUGCGCGCCAGUCACGUCACAAAGCGUUUCUGUCGCAUUACUUUCUAUAGGAAUGCCACGACUACAAGUGUCGAACAAUCAGUGCAAGUGUAGGUAGAAACUAUAGCAGAAAGCUGCGAUGUGAAGGAUAUACAACUACCUGAAAAAUAUAAGCGGAACAUGCUUCUUCUAAAUUCCCUACUCGGGGCAUUCGCUCGAAACGUCGAACUUUCGCAAUAUAUUUUUCGCGUAGUUGUACAGUACAUGUAGAUCCUUCAGUUUCUCACCGCCGUUUUCUGACAGCAAAAUAUGGCGUGACUGUAUGACAUGUAAAUGACGAAUAUUAUGCCCUCAAUUAAUCGUAGUUUAAUCUAAAGCUCUUCUAAGUUAACAAUUGCACAUGUCACUUUCCACAGGAAGUAUUGGUUCGUUAGAAUGGGACACAGACAAACAACAAUUGUAUUCUGGAAGUUUUGACAAUUCAAUAAUAGUAUGGGAUAUCGGUGGAGGCAAAGGUACAGCACUUGAAUUGCAAGGACAUCAUUCAAAGGUCGUUGGACUAGGCUGUAUCUCACACUCUAAACGACUUUUUUCCAUCAGUAAUGAUGGAAUAUUGGGCAUUUGGGAUAUGACUGCCAAGAGAAAUGAGGUAUGUUCUACUGUUCCAGACUGGCUAUAAACUUUGACAAGACUUCGAAAUGCAGAAGUGAUUUUCUAUCUGCAAUUAAGUUGUAUUGAAAGCAUGAUUAGUUUAUGACACUUUCACUCUAGAAACGAUCAGUAGAAAACAGUAAAGCCGAUCACUCAACCCUUUUCAGGCAUUCGAAAAUAGUGAUUACCAAAAUUUGAGUAAAAAUUCAUUGACAGUAAGAUGUGAAUUGUGUAGAUUGCGAUAUUAACCUCGAAUUUUUUAAGCCGGAACAAUAUAAUUAUUGUAGAUGUUAAUUUCUUUAAAGACAUGACGAUCUUCAUGCUUCAUAUUACAGAGAGAGGCGUACCAGUAUCUCUCGCUACGAGAUAUUUCGCCCCUCAUGAAAUAGCCACUGUUCUUAUUGUCUUUCUGCGAGUUUAAUUUUUAGAAAAUGGGAUUCUGUAGAACACCGUGUUUCGUUGAAAAUCCCCAGAAAUUUGCUCUUAAAGGACUUCUGGCCAGUUUACUGCAUCUCGAAGAGGACUGUUACAUGAUAAUGAAGUAUAUAUACUGUAGAUUGGAUAGUUAUAAAAUCAUCUGACUUGUUUCCAUGUGAUGUUCUAGACACCAGAAUGGAAAGAGAGCGACAUGUGUCAGUUUUGCAACAGUCCAUUCUUCUGGGCGUUCAAACAAAUGUGGGACCAGAAACAAUUUGGUUUGCGACAGGUUUGUUAGGGUUAUUUAUACAUGCAUUACUAUUUCCCUUUAACCCAAAAUACAGUGUAGUUUAGCUUAUUAACAGCUUCCAACUGUUCAACUCGUAUUUAUAUAAGUUCCACGUACAGGGGCGUAGGAAGCUUCUAAAAGUUGGGGGGGGGCAGGCUUUGAGGGGCACUUUUCGAAUAAAAAAGGCAUGUAAAAAAUCUUUCAUCUCAAAAAAACCUUUUCCGGGCAUACCAAAAAAAUUUUCCGGAGAUAUCACAUUUUUUCCUAAAUAUGAAAAAAUUUUCCGGAUAUAUCAAAACAUUUUCCUGAUAUAUGAUAUUUUUCCUGAAAAUGAAAAAAUUUCCGGAAAUAACAUAAAUUCAAGUUUUCAAAAGUGCCCUUUGGGCAAAAAAUGCAAUCUUAAAUGACAUUUUUCACGCAAGAAAAGGGCACUUUGUUCCCGGAAAAAGAGCACUUGGCAAAACUUGGGGGCCUGCCCCCCCGCUGCCCCCCUCCCCCCGGUUCCUACGCCCCUGUGCACGUAAUUGACACCAGACGUUUAAUUCGUCCAGACGUUUACACACAUGUACAGUAUGUGCAAUGAACCUACAAACCUGAACAAAACACCUGCGACACUACCAACUGUAUUGAACGAACAUUUAGGCCGUGGGUUGUUGGCCAAAAUUAUUUCGCUUCGUGGCACCCAUGUGGGAAAUACUUGUUUGGGGUUUAUUUGAAAGGCAUAUAGGUACAUCACUACCAAAAAAAGUUCCCAAGCAAAAAAGUUGCCCAAUCCCGAGAAAAUGGUUGAUCAAUGAUUAUCCUCUAUUAAAUUGUAUUACAGCAAAAAAAUGGGAAAUUCUGUAUUCAAUUACAAUAAAAAUGACUUGCAUCAUCGGAAAACGUACAAAAAACCGCAUAUAAGACUUUUAAUUAAACAGUUUUUUUGAUUUUUCAAAUAGUCUUUGAGUUAUUGCUGUUUUAAAUGUGAAAAUUGGACCAAAAUGUCGCAAUAAGGACUGGGUACUAGGUCAAAAACGCGUUUUUAACAGCGUAUAACUCGAAAACAAUUUUAGAUAUAAAAAAACUGUUUAAAUGUCUUUAUAUGUAGAUUUUUGUAAGCUUUCUGAUGAUGCAUUUUUGUUGUAAUUGAAUACAAAAUUUCACAUUUUCUUGCUGUAAUACAAUUUAAUAGAGGAUAAUCACUGAUCACCCAUUUUCUCGGUCUGGGCAGGUUUUCUGCUUGGGAACUUUUUGUGGUAAUUAAGCAUCUACGGUUCUAUGAAUUGAACCACAGAAAAUCUAUUUCCCAGGAGGGUGCCACGAAAUUGCUUUUCUAGGCACUUUUUCGCACAACAGCCCACGGCCUAAUUUGUAAUUUGGAAGUUUGGAAACUUUUUCCCUUACCACCACCAUUCAAUGUUCAUUCCGGGAACACAUGCAGUUAAAGCAAUUGUAGUACGUUCAGCAGUAGGGAGCUUAAAGCCGGUUUUCCACUGCAAGCGUACCGUACCGAAACGUAUCAAAAACGUUUUUAAAUUUCAAAAUUUCGUGAAUGUUGAUUGGUUAGUACUUCCGUAGUACGCCAAAACGUUUCAUUUUGAUACGCGAAUACACCCGAAAGUACGUGGAUUUAUAAACCUCUUUUCAAUCUGCGCAUGCUCCCCAGUACGUUUCGGUACGAAAACCAGUUUAAGACACACCAAAUCAACGACGCGGAUGUGACGAAACACUGCCGCUAUUAGAGAGGUUAAGAUACACCGGUUCCGGUUUACGGGUACGAGUAUCGCCAUUUUGUUUACCAAUUUUUGCUGAUGUCAGCAUUUUUACCCGUAACUUCUACCCGUUUCCCCGCGGUAAACCAUGGCCUACACGUAAACGACAAACGGGUACGGGUGUUGUCUGUUUAUUAUUUAUGGCCGUUUAAAUAGCAAAAACUUCAACAUCUUACCCAAAUAAAUAAUAAAUUAAUGCAUAUUAACAAUCUAUGGCAAACCUUAACAGCGAAAAUUACCAUUCUCUGAUCGGUUUUCUCACGGCGGAGUGUCUUGGAUUUCUUAAGUUACAAAUCGUUCCCCGAUUUACGGGUACGGGUACGUGUAUAUCACCCGUACCCGUAAACCGGAACCGGGGUAUCUUAACCUCUCUAUUAUCACAGUUUCACUUCACGGGUAAAAACUAUGCAUUGUUGUUGGUAAACAAAGCCAGGGACACGAGAAAAACAAAAUAAAAGUAGUCUCCAAUUAUUAGCGACUGUUUUUUAGGCGCGUCCGCUUCGCAGAUUUGGUGUGUCUUAAGCUCCCGAUUGUUUCGGGGGUGGGGGGAAUCAGAGAGGGUUACUCUUUAAUCUUUACCAGAGAAAGGUGCCUAAUGAAUAAUUAAUUCAGCUAAACGGUCAACAAACUAACCAAGAGAGUACCACUGUAUAAACAACCACCAACUCGUUGCUUUUCAUUGUACAGCACCAUUGUAGAAAAUGUGGAAAAGCAGUGUGCGACAAAUGCAGUCAAAAACGUUCAACGUUGCCAAAAUUUGGCUUUGAAUAUGAUGUACGCGUGUGCCUGACGUGUUUUGAAACGAUUACAAAUGAAGAGUAAGUAUACUGUACUAUAGGGAAACGGUUAUUGCUCCUCUAAUUAUUACUUAAAAAUACCAAUUCUUUGUGACUUUCAGCUGUGAACUUUUAUAGAAAUACCAUGCAAUAUUUAUAAUAUUGUUUAUUGAAAAUAAUUCAAGAGUUUUGAUUGGCUAAGAGCUGUCGGUGAAAUCGUCAUAUCCGCUCGGUAGCUGCCCAAAUUUGGAGUUAUGACAUCACCGUGGAAUAUUGAAAACAAAUAUACCAUGUUUGACGUAAUUCGUGGUAUACUGAGAAAACACUGUAACACGCUAUGACGUCACGCUAAUUUAUGCGGCUUAUGUCAAAAGUGGGAAAGUACAGAUAGGUUCCUCAAAGGGAAGGUUCGCCGACCUUUUUUGUGUAUUCCGACAAAUAAAUAGUAAAACAAUUAUUGUAUUCGGUUCUCGCAGGAUAUGAGGAAUUAUUACGGCCUCAGGCUUCGGCAGAUGACAGAAAACUCGGCCUUAAUACUUCCUCAUAUCCUACUCGACCUCAUUCAAUAAUUGUUAAUUCGUUGUUAUAUGCAUUGGUUAUAGUAAUACAUACAGUACAUGUAGGUUUGGACGAAAAACUUUUUUUGCUACGAAAAAUAUGUUGUACCAUUAUUAAACUUACUUUAUUUGUUUUGUCUAAACAAAACAUAAUCCGUCUUUUAGACUUGUUCAGUUUUGUUAUAUAAUCGUUGAAAUACUCAACCGCUGGCUUAAGUCUUCAAAGUUACACGAAACCUAAUAAGUAUACUAAUAUUGUAAGUUCUAAGGUAAUUUGAACUAACUCUCUUGAACUUAAAUGUCUUUUUCGAUUUUCCCCAUUGUAAGGAAUAAGCAAUGGUUUAACCAACCUCGUUCCCAGGCUCUUUGCUCUUGGGAAGCAAAGAGCCUGGGAACGAGGUUGUGGUUUAACGUACUUUCCAAUUUUGACAUUCUGAUUAAAUUGUCAUUUUCUGAUUAAAUUAUUUUUUCUCCCCAUGGUAAUAGUCGCCGACCACUGGCUUUAUUUCACAACACUAAACAUCCUGUGGUGAAUGUUAGCAUCGAUCUGACAAAAGGAAAACUUUUAACAUGUGGAAGCGAUAGAAUAGUAAAGGUACGAACAUUUUUAAUGCACGCUUCCGGAAAUAUGUCACCUUGGCUAUAUAGAGCCUUGUUUUCAAGAUUAAGACGUUGGGAAUUCACUAAUUGACUAAUGUCGGAUGUUGGGAAUUCACUAUAGCCAAAGUGACGUACUUUCCAGAGUCCAACUUUGAAGGUAUAUGGCAAUAAAAAUUAACUUUGUCUUAUUUGAAAGAACUUUUAAAGUUAUAUUUAUGAAGACCCUUUCCAACUUUUUCGUACCUUGCUUGGUUGUCAAAAUAUUUUGACCAAAAACAGUGUGUAGUCCGCCAUCUUGGUAUUAUAAUUGACCUAAUUAACUGAGUUUUUGAUGACGUCACAAGCAAGGUAAACUUGUUAAAACUUCUUCAUUUGGGACUAAUUUUCUUCGGAAAGUUUCUUAAAUUAAUUGAGUACUAAAAAGACUUCGGAAAAUCAAGCUUCAUAUUGAUAAUGGCAUGUGGUUUGCAAGAUAAAAAUUUCCUUUUUCACCCUACUUGUGACGUGUGCAUAUCCAAAAUGGCGGAAUGGACGCUGCUUUUGAUCAAAAUAAGUCGAUUUAUUUCGAAAACCAAGCGAGAUACGGAAUAAUUGUAAAGGAAGUUUAUAUAUCAUUUUAAAUCUUUCAAAUAAGACAAACUUAAUUUUAAUAUUGCCAAAUCCCUUUAAUGGUUGUUAUAUCAGUAUUCCUACAGUUACGUACAGUACUGUAUAUCAUGUACUGAAUAGUAAUAGAAAGAUGUGCUCCCUCUUGACUUUCCGGUAACACAUUUUUGUAUCAUUGUGAUCAGAACUGAAACAACCAAAUCAUGGCCGGAAAUUGCACAGAAAAAUUGUCAUGUUGCUGUGGGCUCAGUCAAAACUUUUCUCGCGGUUUUCUUGCUUCUUUGCUUUACUUCGAUUUCCUUGUGGCAAAAUACGGCUCAAAUUGUUAGUGUAAAUAGUGCUUACUUAUGCUUGAGUCAUCUAAUAUUUUUUAGGCUUUAACCUUCUCUUAAUUUUGAAAUUCUACUAAGAAAUCAAACACUUUGCCCACCAUGCAGUACCUUGAAAAGUGGAUAAUUUAUCUGUUUUCCUCAUUAGUAUUCAAAUAUACACGUCAGCAUGUACAAUCUACGCAUAUUCAGUUAAGAUGUGCUACAGUCUGUUGAAGUAAUACCAUUACUCUUACAUUUAACUUAAUUCAACUUGUAGACAUCAUGAAGCUGUGUACGCAGUUAUAUUUUCAUAAUUUCUUUACCUCUUUUAGGUCCUCUAGCAAUUUCGUUGCACACGGAUAAUUUUCGUGUACUGUGUUAUAAAUUGUUUGCGUAUGCGUGUGUUGGGAAAUAGCUAAAAUUGAUAAAAUCCGGCUGAAACAUCGCGUAUAUUUAAAAUCAGAUUUAAAGGCUUGUAGUGCUACAUUUUAGUCACAAUUCAUUGAAUUCAUGCAUGGUAACAGUAUUGGAACUCUAUUUAAAGAAAAUUGACAACUGAGCCAUCUUGUUAGUAUAUAACUAAGCGCGUAUAUGUGACAAUGAGAUCAAUAUAGAAACGAAUCUCACCACGAAUCUCACCAUAUUUUCAUGGCCUCACACGUCAUAAAAGCCUUAAUAACAUACAAUAUCAAAUAAAUUCACCCUAGGCAUCUAAAGUCCAACAUAUUUUACAAGUUUUCGUAACGAACUGACUAAGAUACGAAUGAUUUUCUAGCAACGAUUCCCACUUUCUGUCAUAAAAUAGCCAAUGAGAUAUAGAUUUAUUUACAGUUUUGUAGUGAGCUUCGUUCAAAAACGAGCUUAAAAAGGGAUAUCUGCAAAGUUAACCAAUUGUAAUUAAGGAAAAUGGUUUCUUGUACCCAUAUGCAUAUAAAGUGUAAGAUUAGUAAAAUUUAUAGUAACGCAAAUCAGCGUUUUAGACCGAGAAUCGUCAGUCAGCAUCGUGUAAUAUGAGACGUAUGAAAUUUGACUACUGGCGCGCUAUGAACUGUACUAUAAAUCUUAUAUUGCAAAUGAAAUUUAGCUUGGAAAUGGCCCCAGUUCUCAAGUAUAAGUUUGUAAAAGGCGAAAAUAAUGUAUAUUUAUUUGUCUUUCCCGCAGUUUGAUAUGUUGUGAGAUGAGAUUCAAACCUACUCGACUCACAAACCGAUUAUUUCUGAAUAGUUCGGUUCCAGAUUCGUCGUAAUUAUGGUCUUUUGCAUCAUUCCAAAGACAGCAUGUAACUUUUGAGUAAAUUUCCGCGGAUUUUUCACAAGGAAGAGAGCUAUGAUGAUAUUAGACGUGAAUAUAAAUGUGCUUAUUAAGCAUUAUAGCUAGUAGCACACGUACCUGUAUUGGUAUAUAAAAUGUUAAAAAUUACCCCCCCCCCCCGAAUAAAUGGAUAGUAACAAAAACUACCAAAACUUGCCCACAUAUGCUUCGAUACUGGAAUAUAUGUUAUUGGGCGGUAUAAACUUAAAACUAAAACGUUUAAUUACCAAAUUCCAAAGACCAUUGAUCACCACCAAGACAAUCUUUGCCAGAAACUAUGGGACAGCUGCUGUAAUUUUAUAUAAUUUGAAAGGAAUAGCGCCCCCGUUCUCCCAGUUCAAUGUUGGGCCAACAAAAAUCUGAUGUCUGGAUACGCGGCGCCAACAUUGAAACGGGUGGGGGCAGGGAGGGUGGAAAAUAUGUAUCAGGAAAUGGUAUAUUACAACCGAAUGCAUGUGAAAACUAGAUUGUCCCAAUGUAUAUUGUCAAAGAUUGUAGCUCUGCUUAGCUUUCAAUUUUUGAUCGUGAGUACGCUUUCAGUUUACCAAAAAUUAAAAGUUCGAACACAUUUUCUUUGUCACUUUAAUUACAACGUUCAGAUCUUGUGAGUUGUGCAUGUUCAAUAUCUUUAAACAAGAUUGGUAAGAUUUUAUUUCCAGUAAUUCGGGUUUAUUUACACGUGAUAUUUUUGAAAACACGGCCAUUACGUUUUCAUGUUUCCAACUUUCAACAUGUUUACAACAUCUUUCAACACAAAGCUCGCAUUUACUGGGAACUUCACGCCUAUUGUGAUUGUGAUUUAGCUCACCAAACUUAUUCUGCCUAGUUUUGGUAUUAUUUGAUUUAAUUUAGUUAAAACUCUUCUUCAUCUUUCAGAUCUGGGACGUUUCUUCGCUUAUCAAUCCUUCACAAAAGUAAGAAAUAUGGCUACCUAAUGAAGUGAACAUUCUGCCUACCUUAUUGGUAGAGAUUGAAUUUUUUCGUACAUAUACGAUGGCAAGCAUCGUUAAAUCAUUACCAAUAGUUAACAAUGAAAUAGCGCGACGCUCUAGAAGUACAGUAUACUGUAGUGCUCUGAUCCAUCUUCAUGUAGGGUUCUCCCGAGGUGGAAUUUUUUUUCUGGGAACUUUGGUUUAGGUCUUAACAAAAGAUUAUGCAAUAAAAAGGGAAAAUAACAAAAUUGUCGUUUGUAACUGCCUUAAGGCGGAUUUCCAGUCCUCGCACGAACUUCCUCCCAGCUCGCUGCGAGUGCUUGCAUCUAAUUAAAAUUAACUGUUUAGCAUUGUGAUUGGAUAAAAGUGCUCAUGCAUGCACUCGCAGCGAGCUGCGUGCGAGGACUGGAAAUCCGCCUUUAUAAUGUAGUGUUGUCGUGUGAAGCAAUAUGUCUUUUAGACUGAAACUCAAAAGGCAUACACGAUAAAUCCUAUUAAUUAAUCAUUUCAACAUUUAGGUAUUUG